AAAGCAUCCAUAUAAGCCCGGUUGUUAGCUUUAUGUUGACCCGGUUUUCAACAUCACACAUUCUCUCUCUACUCUCUUCUACUCCCAACAAAGUUAUCACUCUUCUCAACUAAAGCUUGAGGCUUGUUGGAAUCAACAUUUUCUUGAUCACACACAUACACUUGUAAUGGCUUCUUCUAAGAUCUUAUACCAUUUACUUCUCCUGUUUUUUGUACUAGGAGACACAAGAUUAUAUGCGAAUGGGGACACCAAGUUGAUGAAGAAAACAUGCAGGCACACAAAGUACUACGAUCUAUGCUUCUCUUCCCUGAAAUCAGAUCCAACAAGUUCAAACGCAGACCCAAGGGGACUAGCAAUGAUCAUGGUUGGGGUUGCCAUGGCCAAUGCAACAUCCACUUCUUCCUACUUGUCUUCUCAGUUGCAUAACCCGGCCACCAAUGACACUACCUUCAAAAGGGUCCUUAAAGAAUGUUUAGACAAGUACACAUAUGCAGGUGAAUCACUUCAAGCUUCGGUUCAAGAUUUGGCUGAUCAAGUCUAUGAUUAUGCUUACAUGCACGUUUCUGCGGCCAAAGAUUAUCCAAAUGUUUGCCACAACUUGUUCAAACAGAAUCCUGCUUUGGUUUACCCUCCUGAACUUGCUCGUAGAGAGAAUGCUUUGAAGCAUAUAUGUGAUGUUGCCAUGGGGAUUAUUGAUGAUUUUAAUUGGUAUUAGAAUGAUUAGUAUUUGCAUUUGCAUAUUAAACCAUUUUCUAUCUUGUGCUUAUUAUAUAUAUUUUCCUUUUAAUUUGAGUCUAUUAUCAAAUUCCUCACUAA